UUAGUUUCAAAAUCCCCAAAGCGACUGACUUUCAGUUCAGUUUAUAUAUUUUGUAUAUUUAUUUAUUUAUUUCAUAUUUAUGCAAGGAACCGCGAAUCGCUUUGACGUUUUGGAGAACUCAUUAAAAAAACGUCAGAACAAAGGAUACCUUAUGUAAAAUGCCCAAACGCAAAAUGCUGUCCGUAAUUGACAAUGCCGUGGAGGCCGGGACGCGACCGCCCAAAGUCAAACGUUCGCGGAUAUCCUUCCGUUUGGAAUUGCCGAAAAGGCGUUACAGGGUUGGCAAAGUUUUUGUCUGCGGUUUCGGUGAUAUCGGACAAUUGGGUCUUGGCGACGACAUCAUAGAGCGCAAGCACCUGUCUCCAGUGGAGAGUAUCCAAAAUUUGGUGGAUAUUUCCGCUGGCGGAAUGCAUAAUCUCGUGUUGACCAAAAGUGGAAAAAUUUACUCCUUUGGCUGCAAUGAUGAGGGUGCUUUGGGACGCAUUACCACCGAGAAGUACAGUGAAUCUGUGCCGGGAUUGGUUGUGUUGCCUGGCAAGGCAUUGAAAAUAUCAGCUGGCGAUUCCCAUUCAGCAUGUCUUCUGGAAGAUGGACGUGUCUUUGCCUGGGGUUCAUUUAGGAAUUCGCAUGGCAAUAUGGGCCUCACAAUUGAUGGCAAUAAACGGAUGCCGUUCAAUCUUCUGGAGGGUUUUGUGUGUGUUAGUAUUGCAUCCGGUGUUGACCAUUUGGUAAUUUUAACCAAUAAAGGCAAAGUCUAUACAGUGGGCUGUGCUGAUCACGGACAGUUGGGAAGGAUUUCCGAGCGUUCCCUAUUGGGUGAGGGUCGUCGUGGUAAACGUGAUCUAUUGCAGCCAAAUCAAGUAGUCAUAAGAAAGGCCAAGCCCAUCGAAGCCAUUUGGACGAGCAACUAUUGCACAUUUUUACGUGAAUCUGUUACCCACAAUAUUUGGGCUAUGGGACUCAAUAACUACUCGCAAUUGGGCUAUGAUAAGAAAGUUGAUCGCGUUUUGAUGCCAUUUAAAACAGAUCUAAAGCAUAUUCGUCAAAUAUCCGGUGGCGAUCAUCAUACUCUUGUUUUGGACAAUAAUUCACGCUGCUAUGUUAUCGGUCGUCCGGAAUAUGGCCGCUUGGGUCUAGGCAAUGUCAAUAAGGUGGCCAGCGAACUGACUCAAAUCAGAACUAUAACGUCAAAGGUGGUCCAUAUCGAAUGUGGUACAUGUUGCUCCUAUGCCAUCGACCAGGAUGGCAAACUUUAUUCAUGGGGCCUGGGCACCAAUCAUCAGCUGGGAGUCGGCGAUGGCGAGGAUGCACUGGAGCCUGUUUGGGUGAACAGCAAGGCAAUAUUGGAGAAAAGGGUUUUAUUGGCUGAUGCUGGUGGUCAACAUGGCAUUUUCCUAGUAGAAGCCAAUCCGCCGCAACGAAAGAAUAAAACAGCAACAACAAAACAGACAUCUACCUCCGAAUUGAAUGACGUUGCCCAUCAAAAUCACAAUCAUAAUUUUAAUCAAGAGUUAGCGAAGAGAGAACGAGUUGCCGCUUGGGUAAUCGCUAGUAAUUUCGAGCACUAAUUCCAAGAAUUCCAUUCCGAAACUAGGGCAUUUUGCAUUAAGUUGAUCAAUUUUUUGCUCUAUAUUUGUUACAUUUAUUUAUGUAUUAUGUAUCUGUGUGGGGAUGCAGGCUUCCAUUUUAAAUUAAAUUUGAGACACUCAGGGUCCUACGAAGCAUUAAA